AUGCGUCGUAUAUGGUCUUCGUGGCCUUUACGGAAGCUGCAAUUCAAACAAUCUUCAGUUCUGCACAUGCGUGUAAGGUUUCACUCCAGCAAACAAGAGCGCCUGGGAUUCCCAAGAAUGGUGGUCCAGUGGCUGUGUUCGGCGGAGCCCAUUAAACUGCGGUACCAGGAAGCCUGCCAGGAAGCUUGCCUGCGAUCCUGUCAAAUCUGGUCCGGGGAAUUUCUAAACACGCUGAGUUCUUCAUCAGACAACAGAUCGACUGUCUCCAUUCGACUAGCUGCCUCUGCACUUCCAAAGUUUCACAAACCACCGUCCUCCUCAAAACUGAAAACCAUAAUCAUUUUGAGUGGUCUCGCUCUCGCUCUUGCUUUGAGCAUCUUUUCAUUUUUAAUGUGGCGAAAGUAUCGGCUACGACGCCCCGUGCAUACGUCUGAAGAUUCCUUGGAGUCUUCUCUUAGAAUGUUUAGUUACAUGAAGCUGAAGAUUGCAACAAGGAAUUUCAGGUCUAAGUUGGGAAGUGGAGGAUUCGGCUCAGUGUUCAAAGGAUCUCUAACAUGGCUUGUGGUCGUAAAAAGAAUCCAAACGAUUACUAGUAAUUCCAGAAGUAAACAGAAGGUACUCGACUGGAAGACUCGAUUGCAGAUCGCUUUAGGCACUGCUCAAGGUUUGGUUUAUCUCCGCGGGGAGUGCAGAGAAUGCAUCAUUCAUGGAGAUGUAAAACCCGAGAACUUUCUUCUGGACUCUGGGUUUUCACCCAAAUUAGCAGAUUUUGGGUUGGCAAAGCUUGUGGGUAGAGAUUUCAGCCGCGUACUUACAACAACGAGAGGAACAAAAGGGUAUUUGGCUCCAGAGUGGAUCUCCGAACUUCCCAUUACUCCCAAAGUCGAUGUUUACGUUUUUGGUAUUACGCUCUUGAAAAUCAUUUCUGGGAGAAGAAGUCUGGAUUUCACCGUGCAAGAUUCAAGUAAGUAUUACUUUCCCGCAUGGGCUGCAACUCAAAUUUACCAGGGUGAGAUGAUCAGUAUUGUGGAUGAAGGUGUUGCAGCAGAGGCAGAUAUUGAAGAGGUUAGAAGAGUUAAUUAA